UGUAAAUUGCUCGUUCGCUUCUGCUCGAGAAAAUUUCGUGAAACACCAAAACCAAAACAAACUAAAAUGAAAUUCUUUUUGCUGUUAACUUUGGCACUUGUAGGCAUUGCUGCUGGAGCUCAGCUGCCUGACUCCGCCACCCAGGGACCCAAUCCCCAGGAUAUUGCCACUCCCGAGCCGGAGUACAUUGAUAUCGACGAACCAGCACCGGUGGCUGCUGCACCUGCUCCUCGUCCUGUGGCCGCUGCUCCCCGUCCCGUCUUCGCUGCCCCCGCUCCCCUCGCUCGACCAGUGGCUCGUCCUGUGGCCGUGGCCCAAUCCUUCGUCCAGCAGCCCGUCCAGCAGCAGAUCGUCCAGAGGGCUCAGUACGUGGCGCCGGUGGCUCAACAGGUGGUGUUGCCGCAGCAGCAGCAGCUGGUUGGUCACACCUACAGCAACAGGGCUGGAUACCAGUACCGCCGUCCAGUCUAUAACGAAACCAUCAAAGAAACGACCAACAAGAACAAGUCAAGAUCAAAAGCAUAAAGAGCGAAGUACAAAGAGACAAAUGAUGUUCUAAAGACAAAGAUCGAAAAACGAAGUAUUCAGUUAUUGUUGAAUUGCCCAG